AUGCCUAAGGCCGCGACAGAAUACACUGCUGGAAAGAUAGGGUUAAUGCGCGGAGGAUACUUUCUAGCCGAAGAAUCUCCCGCAAAACUGCUAAGACAAUUCGAAGCAGACACGCUCGAGGAUGUCUUCCUGAAGCUUAGCGUAAUACAAAACAUGGGCCGUCAGCGUCGGUCGAGCAUAGCCCAAGCCGUCAGCAGCGUGGUGGGUGUUCCCAAUGGAGUUGUCAACGAGGCGGUCAUCGUAGACAGCGCGGGGGAAAAUAACGAAAUAUCCGGCGAGUUUGGCGAUAAUAUUUCUUUGAGUGCGAGAAGCACGAGUCGCCUUUCGCUCGCGAUAUCUGAGGAUCCUGGUGAUCUGUCCAUGUCCGUGGUACCCCCUGAAGACACGCCGCCCGCGAAAAUAUCAGACUACUUCGUCGUACUGAAAAGCAACCACAUGAAGGCGUUAGUUUGGAAAAACUUCCUUGGGAUGCUACGCAAUGUGGCGAUGAUGCUGUUUAUAACUCUACUACCGGUUGCCCAAAUAGUUCUAUUUUGCGCUUCGAUUGGACACGACCCCGUCUCUCUUCCAAUAGCAGUGAUUAACCACGAAUCGGAAAACAACUGCUCAACACCUCUACACUGUAACAGCACAAGACUGAGCUGCCACUACCUCAACUACCUAGCAAAAAAGGACUUGGUGCUGCACUAUUACACUUCGGAGCAGGAUGCCAAAGAAUCAGUCCGAAAAGGUGGCAUGUACGCUUCAAUUGCAAUCAAGCACAACUACUCAUUAGCAUUACAAGCUCGAAUGGUAGAUUUAAAAAAUUCGCACCCAUGGGACGUUCAGUCAUCCGAAAUUGACGUUUAUCGAGAUGUCUCAAGUAAAACGAUCGCGGAAUUUAUCAAAGCCUAUCUCUACGAUACCUUCCAAGAGUUUGCUCAAGACUAUUUGGAAGCGUGCGGCUACGACCGACAUCUACUCCAGUACCCAAUACGAAUGGAGAAGCCAAUUUACGGAUUGAGUUCGCCAAAUUUCACGGACUUCGCCACGCCGGGUAUCAUAUUAACAGUGAUAUUUUUCCUGGCCGUCGCGCUAACUUCGGGCGCAAUGCUGAUCGAACGUAACGAAGGAAGUUUGGAGCGAUCAUUGGUGAUCGGAAUUGGUGGAGUCGAGUUGCUAACCGCACAUGUGAUAUGCCAAUUUGUCAUUAUGGUCAUUCAGUCGAUCAUGGUCAUGGUGGUUGCGUUCGCCCUUUUUAAUAUGACGGUAACUGGAUCGCUGGUUCUUGUCACAAUUCUCACGUUCAUGACCGGCUUCUGCGGGAUGUGUUAUGGAUUCGUGGUAUCCUGCUUAUGCAGUGAUGAAAGAGCAGCGACCUACGUGGCCAUGGGCAGUUUUUUACCAACGGUGAUGCUCUGCGGAAUUAUUUGGCCUUCGGAAGCAAUGCAUUAUUUGUUGAGGACGUUCGCCAUAUUUUUACCACUCACAAAAGCAACCGAAAGCAUGAGAAAUAUAUUGCAAAGGGGGUGGGACUUUUACGAACCCGCAGUUUAUGUGGGUUUUAUCUCUAUAGGUACCUGGAUUGUCAUUUUUCUUACAAUAAGUGUUUUAUUUUUAAAGUUUAACAAGGGAUAACAGAUUACACACAGUAUUACUGUUAUUUAAAGUGAUAUAAUAAACUAUUUUACACUGUUAUGUAAUGUCUACCUAAUUUAUAAUUACAAGAUCACGGUGUUCAGUACGAAUUAGUGGAGAUUUGUUAAGCCAUUGAUUAUUGAAUAAGAACGUUUUGUACCUACCUACUUCGUAUGUUGAAAUUUAAAAAAAUUGAUACCA